GAAACCCUUGCAGUGACGAUAAAAAAGGCUUUCAACACCGUGAUCGCCCCCUGGUUUCUUUCUUGCAACCACUUGAGAAAUGGAUUCAAGAGUCAGUCAGCCUAUAGUAUGAUGGAAACCUCAACGUCCUCAACAAAUCCAUGGCGUAACGUGAGAGACAACGCUAGGACAUCAUUAUCUAGACUGGGCACUACAAAAGGACUCCUAGGGCUAGGAAUUUACGCGUCAGGAGAUUUAUUUUUUUCAAACCAGGCACGCCAACCUGGCUUUCAUAUGCUCGGGGCAUUUUGUAUGUUUCAGUUUCCAUUCUCUGGAGCGGAAAUGACAUUUUAGGAAAAAAAGGGGGG